UCGGACACGCGUCUCCCUUGAAGUCCAGAAAUGCUGUCGAAGUAAGCGUUGGGCCGAGGCUUUACAACAGAAAGGGGCUCUUCACCCAUAUCUUCUCCGAGCAAGGUGAAGAAGAAGCUCGUCGGAACCCUAGUUCUAAUUCGUCUCUGCGUGGCUAAUGGGUGGUUCAAGAUGCAUGAAGAUAAGAAUAAUGUUGUGUUCUCGGAUAAAAAUUUCACCAUUGAUGAGGAGAUCUCUCAGCUUACUAAGCUCAGAACAGAACCCACUGAAAACAUGCGGAGGGCAACAUAUCCCAGGCAAAAGCUACCUAUCCCAAUAGUUAGAAUGCUAUCUGGGAGAGAAGCCAUGGGUAGAUUUGCCUUAGCUGAUUGCUCUUAUGCUCUUGGGCGGUAUUUACCUGCCAAUGGUCCCUGGUUUAUUGAUAGUAUGGAUUCACGAGCAUAUGUCUCUCAGUUCUCUGAUGAUGGUUCACUGCUAGUUGCGGGAUUUCAGGGAAGUGAUAUUAGAGUAUAUGAUGUGGAGAAUCAUUGGAAAGUGCUGAAAAAUAUUGCAGCAAAAAGUUUACACUGGACGAUUACUGAUACAUCACUUUCACCUAAUAAACGCCUUCUUGCGUAUGCCAGCAUGUCAGCUAUUGUUCAUAUUGUUGACCUGGGGAGUGCUAUGAAGGAAUCAUAUGCCAAUGUUACUGAGAUUCAUGAUGGUUUGGACUUCUCUGCAGUUGGGGAGGAUGAUGAAUUUGGACUAUUUUCCAUAGAAUUUUCAAGUAAUGGUCGAGAACUUGUUGCUGGAAGCAGUUGUCAUUCCAUACAUAUUUAUGACCUUGAAGCAAAUAGGUUGAAAACAUGUUUUCAAGCACACGCGGACGACGUGAACACAGUGACCUUUGCUGAUGAAACUGGUAAUAUCAUAUAUUCAGGUGGUGAUGACGGUAUCUGUAAGAUUUGGGACAUGCGUUGCUCUACUUCGGAUAGCAAAGCAGCAGGGGCCUUAUCAGGUCAUAUAGAAGGAAUUACGUAUAUUGACAGCCGUGGAGAUGGUCGGUACUUCAUUUCAAAUGGCAAAGAUCAGACUACGAAAAUGUGGGAUGUCCGCAGAAUGUCCUCCAAACCUGAAUACUUCAGGAGAAGAGGUCCUCAUUGGGACUAUAGAUAUAUGGCAUACCCAUCGAGAGCAAACAAAUCGAGACAUCCAAGAGAUCAGUCUGUAGCCACUUAUAGAGGCCAUGCAGUAUUAUGUACUUUGAUACGAUGCCACUUUUCCCCUGUCCACAACACUGGUCAGAAGUAUAUUUAUUCAGGAUCCCAUGAUGGAUGCGUUUACAUCUAUGAAGUGAUCACUGGAGCCCAAGUUGCCAAACUUGAAUUUGGCAGCUCGACCGUUAGAGACUGUAGCUGGCACGCUUCCUACCCUAUUCUCGUCAGCUCCUCUUGGGACGGCAUUGUCGGUAGAUGGGAAUUCCCGGGGACAGAUUCCCAACCCAUCUUACCAAAAAGGAGGCGGCGGCAUCGGUAAAUUAAAGGAACAUGCUCAGAGCAUUUCUUGUAUCUGUUGUCUAAUACCAUUUCAGCGCAAGUGCUUCAUAUUCAAGCAUUAAUCGACAGGCAUAAAUACAAUGAUGCCUGCUGUUAAAUUUUAAGCAUAAUGUAUUUGGGGCUUUGGGAUUUUUUUUUAAAGAUUUAUACAUUGUCUAUAUUUGGUCA